CACUUGUCAUUUUUCUUCAAGCAACUUGAUGAUUUGAAGAUUCGCAGUUCGCACUUUAAUAAUUAAUCGUAAAUCAUUUUUUCGUCUUCUUUUGGCCAUAACUAAAUCAAAAUGUCGACAGAAAAUUCGCCGGUGAAGCCUUCUCAAUCGCCUAGCGCUGUGGAAACUCUGGACGACUUCGAGAAUCAAGAUACAUUGUUGAAACACGUCGACAUAUCGAUCGUGGAGUCGGAGAAGCGCGCUAACGGCACACUACACGUGCGUGACCAUUAUACCGUCUACCUGAUCGAUCUCAAGGUCACCAACCCAGAGUACAAGCUGGUGCAGUCAAAAAUCAGCACAAUUUGGAGACGCUACACGGAGUUCGAGCAGAUUCACGACUACCUCCAAGUCACCUAUCCUCAUGUUGUCAUUCCACCGUUACCAGAAAAACGGGUGCUAUACGCGUGGCGUAAAUCCGACACAACCGACCCAGAGUUUGUGGAGCGCCGCCGUGCGGGACUCGAGAACUUUCUGCUGCGGGUCGCGUCACACCCGAGGCUUUGCUUCGACGAUCAGUUCAUCAACUUCUUGCAGCAGGAGCAUGGCUGGCGGGAGACCAUCACGGAGAGCGGUUACAGAUUACAGGCAGAAAAUAAGCUGAAAUCAUUGUCAGUGUCAAUAAGACUGAAAAAACCAGACCCAGAGAUUGACAGCGUCAAGAACUACGGCCGGCAACUCGAAACAAAUCUAGGCAACUUUCUGUAUACUAGGUCAAAAAUUAUGGAGAAGAACUAUGCCCUGUGUAAACUGCAUGCUAACUAUGGGAAAUUAUUCAGUGAAUGGAGUGUGAUAGAGAAAGAAAUGGGAGAUGGCUUGCAGAAGGCUGGACAUUAUUUUGAUUCAAUAGCAGACAGCAUAGACUCAGUAGCGGAAGACGAGGAGCAACUAGCCGACCAGUUAAAGGAGUAUUUAUUCUACGCAGGCGCAUUGCAGCAGCUGUGCGCUAACCACGAGGCGCUGCAACGCGCGUUAGAGUUGGCGCACGACACACUCAACAACAGAAUAGCGGAACGCAACCGCGCCGCGGCCGGCAAGUCGGGGCUACUGUCGCGCCUUUUCGGCACCACCGAUCCUGACAUCGUGCGCGACCAGGCCACGCGCGCGCUCGACGCCAAGAUACACGACGACCGCGCCGCGAUACAGGCUGCGCAGAGAGACCUCGAGGAGUUUACGAAGAAAGCGGCGGUAGAAAUAGAACAUUUCCAGAAGCAAAAAGACAAAGACAUCCACGAGUCCUUAGUGGCCUUCAUCACGCUACAGGUCAAAGCUGCGAAAAAGAAUCUUCAAGCAUGGACGCAAAUAAGAGAGUGUCUACAAAACAUGCCCUGAGCGUGGUCACCUGUAUCGUGGCAUCUUCUACUUUCCAAGUGUGCACAGAAGCGUGAAGGCACUUUAUUUAGAGGCAAGUUAAUUUUAAUGAACACUAGAAAAACCAUGUACAGUUAGCGUGGAAAACAUGCAUGUAGCUUUACCAUGAGUUUACGUUAAACGUCAUCGGUGACUCCAAAAAUCUAUGAAGAUAGUUUAUUACAGUAACCGCUAGGGGCACUGUACAAUCUGUCACACAUUUCUUGUCAUUUUUACGUUGUCCCUAAUGAGCACACCUAAUGUAAACUCAUGGUAAGCACACUGAACCCUGUGAAAAAGACAAUUGGUUGGUAACAGAUUUAUAUUGGAGGACAUUUUAAGUGAGUGCGCGUGGGGACCGCUUUUAUAGCUUUCAAUUGUCAGAUAGUAAGUAUUAUACGAAGAAAAAGUCUAUGGCAUAUUAUUAUUACGGUCUCCCAAUGAUAAUCGAUUUUCCUGUAA